GGGUUCCAGCAGCGUAAUGAAACACUGGCUGUUGCUCUUGGCCUGGAAGGUGCUUACAUCAGAGUGCCAUAUGAUGUCAUAAUGAUGUAUAGUUUCACUCUGGACAUAGAUGCCAUGAUUAUAAAAUGGAUUGGAGCAGUGCUUCUCGAACAAAAAAGUGUUCAGAAAGAACUAGAAUCUCGAGGAAAGUGCCUCUCGUCUCUGUUCAAACUCUGUGAUAAAGUUGAGGCUGAAUGCAACUCUGGAAACUUUACUGUCUCAUCAAGGGAUGGUCGACAUGUGCGGCGGAUAGCACACAGCUUGGAACGAAGAUGGCAUGCAUUAUUACUGCAAACAUUAGAGUGGCGUUAUAUUCUUGAAGAGUUUGUCCACAGAUCUGAAACAGGAGUUUUAUCCAAGGCCCACAACCCAAAUCUACUUUUGUGCGAGCCUCCAGGGAAAAAGUAUUCACAGGACAAAAGAACUUGGUAUAUCUUUUGCAAUUCUGAAAACGUAAUGGAUUCAUCAAGCCUUUCUCAACAGCAUACAAAGGAACCAUAUGCUGAAGUACCCACAAGGCAGACUUGCAACAUUCAGACUUAUAGCGUAACCACUAAUGAUAAAAGUGUGAUGGUUGGAGAAACUGGAAUUGCUGAGCUGAAAGCUGAAUGUGGGAGCAAUGUAGGACCAUAUGAGAUAGUCCAAGAUGUAGGCUAUUCUAGUGAGAGCUCUGUACAUUUUUCAUAUGAUGAAAAUAUGAAAACAUUUACGCCAGUGUCAAGAUUUUCCACAGAGUUACCUGAAUUAAAUGCUGUUGCUAGUGAGAGCUUAUUAGUUUAUGACAGCAAUAAUGGCUUGAGUGUGCUUUCUGGAGACCCCCAAGAACAGGUAUACAACACAUCUUCUUCUCAGGGAAAAGGUAUGAAUGAAUCCAUUAUUAAAUAUACAACCAAAGGUACUCAAAUGGAAUUAUGCAGUAAUGUAAAUUGUACAAGUAAUAACCUUCUUAUUCAAGGGAAAGAAGACAGGAGAGCAGAUGCCAUUCUUCAGACAAACAAUGAGGUCGAUAUUUAUAGAAAAAACAAAAGCAUUCAAGGUUUGGACAUAAACAGGUACUCUGCUGUUUUAGCUGGGAAUUCUCUUGAUGCACUUGACUUUUCACAUUUGACAAACUCGAAUGAUGAAGUUAAAGAUGUCUCGGUAAUCUCUGAAGGCAUACAGGAAGAAGUUUCAAUAAAAGACCAAAAUGCUGAAGUAGCAAACAAACUUUCAUCAACUUCUGUCAUUGGUGGCUGUAAGACAAGUAGGAUUCAGCAGUGGUUAGAAGAUUGUGACCCAGAGGAAAAUGGUAGUUCUGCUUCUGAUACUCCAAGCAUAAGAUUAACUGAGGAUGAUGCUGGGUUUGGUGUAGACAGCUCCUGUGAUGCUAGUGGAGAAAACACUUCAAAUGACACAGAAAGUGAGACUAGUGCCGAUGAAAGAAAUGCUAGCUCAGUAUUAAAUAAGUCUAUUGCUGGUUCGGUAGAGACAGUAGUGCCUUUUUCAGUGGUGGAUGAACCUUUAAACCACAAGAAGCGCACAAGUAGUAUGGAACUGUUUCCAAGAGCCAUGAGACGAAGGAAACGCACCUCCCGAGAUCGACCAUGGAGUGUAACAGAAUUAAAUCAACUGCCUGGACAGUGGGGAUUUUCCCCUUAUACAGCAAAAACCAUAUCUGAAGGAGCACUAGACACCCUCUCAUUGUCUCCUUUUGUACAUCAUAAAUUAAAGUUUACAAGGGGCUCACAUUCAUUGAAAAACUCUCCUAUCCAGGAGUCUAAAUCGUUUUUACCUCAAACAGGUCGAUGUCGAUAUAGAAGCCAGAGCAGUGUUUGCUGCUCAGUAAACCAGUCUGAUUCUAGUUCUGAAGGUUUCUCAUUGUGUUCUCAACACUCAACCAGACUAAACCAGAGUUUUGGUGGUGCUACAAAUGCAACGAGGAGAAAGCGGUCUCUUGUCUUUUCAGACAAGUCAAGAAGUCGAAGAGGAAGCCUUGUAAACUUUCACACUAAUCAGCAAGCAACCCAAGUAUUUAUUCCUACAAGCGAUAAAGGUGGAAGUGAUGGGGACAGUUUACACAGAAAACACGUGAGCAGUAUUGAAAAUGAAAAGUUUGAUGUUUACCCCAACCAAAGUGAUUGCGAAACUGAGGCAUCACUUCCAGGAACACAACAUUUGGAGAGUGUUCUGGAUAAUGAACAUACACAAGCACAUACAGAUCAAGGUUCUCAGUCAGAUCAAGUCUGGGAUCAUUAUCAGGAUUUGCCAUACUUGAGUGAACCUGUGUCAGAAUUUACAGCUGAUGAAGAUGAAGUGAAAAAACUUCUUGAAUUUGGUGAUGAUUAUAGGGCAUUUUUUGGCAGCCAAUCAGAUGCUUCCUCCAUCAGUAGUUGUGUACAAAGUUUUUCACAAAAAUUCUCUUCUGAACCUUCAUCAAUAUGGUCUCAGGUAAAUAACUUUAAGCUACUUACUCAGUUCCUAAUGAAAGAUGAAUUAUUAACUUUGUAG